AUGUUAUAUCUAAGUUUAGCAGAUCUCUAUAAUUAAAACAUAAAUUCAUUAAUAAUAUUAUAAACUAUUGAUUAAAUUCUAUAAUAUUUGAUAAAUAUAUGAGAGAAAGCAUUUUACUAUAAUAAUCUGAUUAUGGAUUUAAAUGGUGUUACGAAAACAAAUCUUAUUUUUAAUAAUAAUAAUAAAUCAAACAACAGUUUCGAUGAACUAAAAAAUAAAGAGAGUAAUGAAGAGAGUGUUGAAAAAUUAAUGAAAUUAACUGAAAUUUAUAGGGAAUUAUUGCUGACUAUCGGUGAAGACCCGGACCGUCAGGGCUUACAAAAGACACCGAUCAGAGCGGCAAAAGCGUUGCUAUUCUUCACUAAUGGAUAUCGAGUUAAACUAAAGGAACUGUUGAAUGGCGCCAUUUUUAAUGAAGAUCACGACGAGAUGGUCAUUGUUAAGGACAUCGAGAUGUUCUCGCUUUGUGAACACCAUUUGGUGCCUAUCUAUGGAUACGUUCACAUCGGAUAUCUGCCUAAUAAACAAGUGCUUGGCUUAAGUAAAUUGGCCCGAAUUGUUGAAAUGUAUUCAAGACGACUAACAGUUCAGGAAAGAAUGACUAAACAGAUAGCAGAAGCAAUCACUUUGGCUGUCAAUCCUACCGGCGUUGGGGUUGUCAUUGAAGCGACUCAUAUGUGUAUGAGUAUGAGAGGCGUUCAGAAAAUAAAUAGUAAAACCAUAACCAGUUGUAUGAUUGGUGUAUUCAGAGAUGACCCGAAAACACGGGAGGAAUUCCUAUCACUUACACAAUAGUAAAGAAUUUCUAUUAUUUUGAAGACCGGAAACGAUUACCUACUUUCUCAUGUUGGACGAUUUGAAAGAC